GCGUCCCCGGGGGCAGGCGGAGGCCUCUCUCGCCCUCCCCACGGCUCGUCUCGCCGCGGCCACAGGGCUGCGGACGCAGUUCUGCGGCUGUAGGGACGCGGGCUGACGAGGACCGGCGUCCCGGCGGCGGGGAGCGGAGGAGCAGGACCUGCAGGCCACGUUGUCCGCCUGCGCGGGUUUUCGCGGCAGGCCCCGUGCCCCUUGCCGGCCCGACCCCAGUCUCCGAGCGGCCCCCUUGGGAGGGGUCCUCUGCCUGGCAGGAAGCGGAGCCCCCAUUUCGACUUUGCCCGUGCUCCUUUAGGAGGAGCACCCGGUUUCACCCCGGUUCCGCCGGCCCCCAGCGUGCCCACACUGCAUCCCGACACUUGCUGGGACAGCGGUGACAGCGCAGCAGAUGUGUGCGGCUGCUUGCGCGGUGUUUAACGACCUGGCAGUUUUUAGCUAACUUGUAGCGGUUGGAGGAGGGAUCUGGCCCCUGGACGGGUUGUUUGAUGUUGAUGCCUAAGAAGAACCGGAUUGCCAUCUAUGAACUCCUUUUUAAGGAAGGAGUGAUGGUCGCCAAGAAGGACGUCCAUAUGCCCAAACACCCCGAGCUGGCCGACAAGAACGUGCCCAACCUUCAUGUAAUGAAGGCCAUGCAGUCCCUGAAAUCUCGAGGCUAUGUGAAGGAGCAGUUUGCCUGGAGACACUUCUAUUGGUACCUUACGAACGAGGGCAUCCAGUAUCUCCGUGAUUACCUCCACCUACCUCCGGAGAUUGUGCCUGCCACCCUUCGCCGCAGCCGUCCUGAAACUGGCAGGCCUCGGCCCAAAGGUCCAGAGGGUGAGCGACCUGCAAGGUUCACAAGAGGGGAGGCAGACAGAGACACCUACAGAAGGAGUGCUGUGCCCCCUGGUGCCGACAAGAAAGCUGAGGCUGGGGCUGGCUCAGCUACCGAAUUCCAGUUUAGAGGAGGUUUUGGUCGUGGACGUGGGCAGCCACCUCAGUGAACUUGAAGAUUGUAAUGUUUUGAUUAAAGUUUAAAGAAAAAUGCA